UCCGUACUCCUCAGAGUAAAAGAAUGGCCGGCUGGCUGUGGCUUCGUUGUGUUUUAGGGCCUCAUCUACAGCGAAUUCAUCGCUCGCCGGACCAGUCUCGGCUGGAAGGGAGGCAUGGGAAACGGGGAUGUAACUAUAAGCCAGGAGGAGUAGAGAAACACACCGACAGCAUCCUCGGCUGGGCAUCAACACUCUGGUCUCUAUCCUACUACAGCUCUCCAAUCAUCCUCUGCUAUCUGUACAGAAAAGGCUACAUAUGCAGCAGCAAGUUGGUUCCAGCCAGCCAGAUCGUGGGGACUGUGCUGGUGUGUCUCCUCGGAGUGGCCUGUCUCAGAGGUUGGGGAAGAUGGAGGAAUUCAGAGUAUGUUCAGUUCAUUUCUAUUCUAGAGGAAACCAAGAAGAAUCACUCCUCUGAGAACAAGAGGAAACUGCGGUCGUACGACUUCGACUUCUCCUUCUGGCCGCCAGAUUUCAGCUGGACGGAAGUCAGCAGUCCGAAGCAGUCCAAAGCAGGCGUGUCUCUGCUGAAGCCAGAACCUCGACUGAGAGGAGCAGCGGACGGAAUCCUCCACUCCGUCCGGACGCUGCCGUGUCACGUCGUCAGUUUCCUCAUCACGCACUCGUUCGGCAGGAGGAUGCUGUAUCCUGGGUCUGUUGGCCUGCUGCAGAAGGCCAUGAGGAACAUGCUGCAGCAGGGUCAGGCCCGGCUGGUGGAGGAGUUUGACGGUCAGAGGAACAAGCUGGUGGCUUGCGACGGCAACGAGAUCGACACCAUGUUUGUGGACCGAAGGCGAGACGGGGGGCAGAAGGGACAGACUCUGGUGAUAUGCUGCGAAGGAAACGCUGGCUUCUACGAGGUGGGCUGCAUGAACACGCCGCUGGAGGGAGGCUACUCUGUGCUGGGAUGGAACCACCCGGGCUUUGGAGGCAGCACGGGGGUUCCCUUCCCCCAGAACGAGGCAAACGCCAUGGAUGCAGUGAUUCAGUUUGCCAUCCACAAGCUGGGCUUCAAGCUGAACAACAUUGUGGUUUACGCCUGGUCCAUCGGAGGAUUCACAGCUACCUGGGCAGCGAUGUCGUACCCCGAGAUCCAGUCGCUGGUGCUGGACGCCUCCUUCGACGACCUCCUGCCUCUGGCUCUCAAGGUCAUGCCCGACAGCUGGAGACCUCUGGUCCAGUACACCGUCAGGCAGUACAUGAACCUCAACAACGCAGAGCAGCUCCUCAAGUAUCCAGGUCCAGUUCUGCUGAUCAGGAGAACCAAAGAUGAGAUCAUCACCACGACGGGUCCAGAGGACAUCAUGUCCAACAGAGGGAACGACCUGCUGCUCAGACUGCUGCAGUUCAGGUACCCAAAGCUCAUGACCGAGGACGGAGUCAGAGUGGUCAGGCAGUGGUUGGGGGCUUCCAGCUACAUGGAAGAAGCCUCCCUGCUCAGCAGCUACGAGGUGGACGACGACUGGUGUGUGUCGGUGCUGCAGUCGUACCAGGCCGACAGAGACGUUCACUUUCCCUGGACUGUCGGCGAGGACAUGACUCCGGAGGGAAGACGGCAGCUGGCUCUUUUCUUGGCGCGGAAGUACAUGCACAACUUUGACACUACGCACUGCACUCCUCUGCCCGCCUCAGAGUUCCCCCCGCCCUGGAGACUGUAGACGGACUCUCCCUGACCCACACGGACUCCUACGGUUCUUUUUAAACAUGUAAAUCUAGAUGAUGCAGCGGCAGCACAAGUGUCCACUGGUUUCUCCACCAAUCACGUCGGCCAUAACUUCUUCCCUCUGUGUCGCCCGGUGACAUGUCUCCCUGUAAAUCAUGUGUAAGCUUCAUGUUAAGCACCAAGUGUUGUUGGUUAGCUCAAUAAAAUACUCCGACAAGCGACGCUC